CAACAUCAGAGGCAGACGCAUUUGCAUGUGAUGCCAAUUCCACCUCUAUAACAUCCUCAUAGCAUUUCAGCUUGAUGCAUGACUUCCCCCCCCUAGCAUCCAUGGAACAUGCUUUUCCGAGAUAUUUCUUCAUGAUUUGAUACAGUCACUGGCGCUGGUUAUGAUCCGCCAAAGGAGUAUAUGCUACUCCCACUUACGUCAUCGUGAAACCUGCAACAGCAAACCCUACAAUCAAACGAUCAAACGGUACGGGGAUUAUAUUGAAGUUAGUCAGCCAUGGACGAGCGUAGCGCCGAAACCUUUGUCAACCGCGACGACCCUAUACCAACUAUCAUACUGAACCGCUCAUCGCCGCGAUCGCAGACACCCACGCCGUCGAUUUCCCACAAGCGAAACGAAAGCCAUGACACUUAUUCCUCAGACACCGAAACCCCGUCCCGCGCCGGCGGGCUUCGCGGUCGCCUCUCUGCGUUGAAGGGAAAGGCACGGAUACAAGACCAUCUCGUUGAGAAGCUACUGGCUCAAGUAGUGCCGCUCGACGAUGCCGAGAUCCCCCAGGACGACCCGUUACCGGGCCGGACCGCGAAGCCCAACUUUAACCUUCCCACCAUGUCCAAUAACUUCCGCCGCUUUAAUGCGCGCAUCGGCGUCGUCUUCGUCUUCCAGGCCCGCGUGAUCCGGCUAUUGGCGUGGCGUCGCCCAACACACACUCUCUCGUUUCUCGCCAUCUAUACGUUCGUGUGUCUAGACCCUUCCCUCCUGCCGCUGCUGCCGCUUGUGAUUCUCCUAGUUAGUAUCCUAGUGCCGAACUUUAUCGCGCGACACCCCGCGGCCGAGUUUGACUCGACGAACGAGCAAGUUAUGGGUAUGGGUUACUCACCUGGCGGCCCGCCUAUCGCGCCCGCCAUCACUGUCAAGCCUGCGAAGGAGCUGAGCCGGGAUUUUUUCCAUAACAUGCGGGAUCUACAGAACAGCAUGGAGGACUUCAGCCAGAUGCACGACGCCAUAGUGAGGCUCGUCGUGCCGCGAACUAACUUUAGCAAUGAGGCCCAGAGCAGCGCCUUGUUCGUCAUCUUGUUCGCUACCUGCAUGUUCAUGUGUAUUGCGGCCAAUGCAAUUCCUUGGCGACUGUUAUUCCUCGUUGCCGGUUGGACUGUCACUUGCCUUGGCCACCCGUUUAUACAGAGGCAACUAGAAACGGCGCACAAGAAGCACGUCCAGCCUCAGGAGGAGAGAGCCAUGACGUGGGUUGAGAAGUGGAUAGAGCAGGAUGUAAUCCUAGACAGUGCGCCUGAAACUCGAGAAGUAGAGAUAUUUGAGCUGCAGCGACUGUCGGGAGCUGGGGAGUGGGAGCCCUGGAUUUUCUCGGCUUCUCCUUAUGACCCCCUCUCACCGGCGCGGAUCGCGGGCGAACGGCCGGUGGGUACUCGGUUCUUCGAAGACGUACAGCCUCCUCAGGGCUGGGAGUGGAGCGAGAAGAAGUGGGCGUUGGAUCUAUGGAGUCGCGAGUGGGUAGAGGAGCGCAUCAUCACGGGCGUCGAGAUCGAGACUGAGGGCGAGAGAUGGGUGUAUGAUAUCUACGAUGAGCAAACAGAGAAGAUCGGUGUCAUUGAUGGCUCGACCUUGAGUAAAGGCAAGACUACCGAUACGCCUAAACGGCCGAAGCCCAGCUGGGAGGAAGGUGAGGACGGCGAUGGGAGGAGAGGGGACUGGAGACGUAGGAGAUGGGUGAGACUGGUUAAACGGAAAUUCAUUAGUAGAGACGCGGUGCCUUAGUAUGUGUGGCCGUAAACGCUGUUGAUUGAUAUCAAACACGGCUGACUAGGUAAUCAUGUCAUCUGUAUUACCUAUGUGUACAAUUCUGUACAAUAGGCUACUUUUUAAUGAUGAAAAAACACAUCUCAUAUCAUCGCACCUAUCUAACCGCCAGCACAGCUUUAUCAAAAGAGAGAAACUAAUGACUAAAAUUUCCCCCUCG